AUGAAGAUGUCACCUCCGUCGUCAGCGGCCAGCUCGGCUUCCAGUAGCAGUCGACAGAAUCUGGAUCCCAUCACACGCAAUGCGCUUCGGUAUACCGUCAGUGCGAAGGAGUAUGAGUUGCUUCAUCAAUACCUCGCGUCACGCGCCCCUUCGGUGCAGAAGCGUGCCCUCCCACCACGCAAAUAUGAAGCCAUAGUAGAAAGCAAACACGAUGCCAGCGUCUCGACAGUACGAGCCAGUCUGCGUGUUUUCGCUGCGACCUAUACCGCCCUCAAGGCAUGGGAUGUCGUCUCGCGAAGACUACGGCCAUCCAAUCCGAGCCAGAAGAACACCAGCCCCAAAGCAUCACAUAUGCGGCUAUCAGCCUCGCUCUCCUUGAUCCUGCUCUUCCACCGUCUGCUGUAUCGCUUCUUUAUUCGUCUCCGUGCCUCGUUACUUGAACCCUCGGCUCGCCCCUUCCGCCGUCGCAAUCCUCACAUCAGUCUUGGAUUAACAUCACGAUACACACCUGCUAUAGGAGCCGCACUAUCUGGACUCUUCUUGGGCGUGUGCCCUGCCUCGCAACUGCGCAUCAGCGUCGCCAUCUACGCCUUUAGUCGCUCACUUGAGUUCGCCUACAAUGCCGCCGAGGAGAAGGGUAUCUGGGGAAAGAAGGGCAAGCCAGACUGGGUAGGGAGCUGGAUGCUCAUGCCCCUUGCCUGUGGACAACUCUUGCACGCCUUCGUCUUCGACCGCGAGUGCUUUCCUACAAACUACGGCAGCUUCAUUCUCAAACGCAGCCCAGAAUACAUCCAACAACGGCCCUCUACAUAUCCCGCCGACAAGGCUUGGCCUGCAACCUUUGAUAUUGUUGACGGCCUGGCUGACAUCUCGCGUCUUCGCUGGCCGUCGUUCGUCUCCCCCAUCUUGUUCCCGGCAGCCAAACAACACCUCCCAGCAUCAAUCUCGAACCUCUCACCAAUCACUGCUCCGGCGCAUCCCGCCAUCACUAAUACUUCAUGCGCCCUUCUGCACCCACAGGAUCCAUCGUGCAUGCGGACAUAUAUCAAAUACUUCAUCGCCGCCUUUCCCUCUACCGCUCGCUUCUUCACCGUCAUCUAUGCUGCCUUUGCCCUCCUAUCUUACAAGUCUUUCCUCCAAAACCCCAUGCAACAGCUCAACCGCCUCGCCGCAAAGAUCUUGCGCAUGUCCCUCUUCAUCACCGGUUCCAUCGGCACAGCGUGGGGAACCAUCUGUCUGUUUGCGACCUACCUCCCUCGCAACACACUAGCCACACAGCGCUGGUUCCUCAGCGGCUUCCUCGCUGGUAUGUGGGCCUUUGUCGCAAGAAGAGGUCAACGGAGCAGCUUCAUCUACUCUGCACGCAUGAGUUUGGAUUCCUUCUGGAAGGUCGGUGUUGCAAGAGGCUGGUGGAAGGGUGUCAAGAGUGGAGAUGUUAUGCUUUUCGCUGCUAGUCUGGCGCUUGUGGACGCUUUGUACGAGACACAGCCCAAGGCUGUCAGAGGGGCUAUGAUUCGUAAAGGAAUGGGCGUGUUGAGGGGGGAAGGGUGGGUUGACCGUACUGUCAUUCAGGAAGAGCAGGGCAAGUCAACGCCAGAGACUGUAGAGAAGAAAGAUGAGUAG